AUGGUUGAGUUUAUGGAACACCUAAAAGUGUACAACGACAUAUCGGCCCAAAAGUCGAAGGCGAAGGAGCGGGCCGUCGAAGAAAAAAGUCGUGCAUCGGACGAGAAGUUAAAAGAAAAGGUCCGAUUGUCGAAUGAGAAAAUCCGAAUCUCCGAUGAAAAAAUUCGGCUUAAGGAAUGGGAAAUAAUGAUGAUGAAUGUCGAGAACGAACCCGAGCCGAAACUGGGUGGGUGGUGGUGGGUCACGGCAGCACUAGUCGGUGGUAAUAGCGCCGGUGGAGGGUGGCGGGUGGUGGCGUCAACAAGGAUAGAUGGCGGCGGUGAUUGGUGGCAGUGGUCGGUGGUGGUGGUGGCGGUGGUCGGCAAUGGCGGGGGCGAUGGUCGGGGUGUGGUGGUUGGCGGUGACGUCGUUGGUGGUAGUGGGCGGUGGCGUGUGAUGGUCGAUUGUGGAGGGUGUCGGCAGUGGCGAGUAGUGAUGGCGGCAGUGGCGUCGGUCCGUGAAGGUGGCAAGGGUGGCGGUGACGGUGGCAAUGGGUGGCGAUGGUUGACGGCCGGUAGUGGCGGUGGUGACGGCGGUGGUGACGGCGGUGGUUGGCGGCUGUGGCGGUGGUGA